AAUACAGAAAAACCCUCUUCUUUUUUUUUUUUAGGGUUUAUAAUCACUCACAUUUUCCCUGUUCAUCUUUUUCGUACUCAACUUCACCUGCUCUCUUUCGUAAAUCUGUCUAGGCUUCAAGGAUGAGCAGAUCAGGCCAGCCUCCAGAUCUCAAGAAGUACAUGGACAAGAAUCUCCAAAUCAAGCUGAAUGCAAACAGGAUGGUGGUGGGCACACUUCGUGGAUUUGAUCAGUUUAUGAAUCUUGUGGUUGACAACACUGUGGAAGUUAAUGGCAAUGAGAAAAAUGAAAUAGGCAUGGUGGUUAUCCGAGGCAAUAGUGUGGUCACUGUUGAGGCUCUUGAACCUGUGAGCAAAAUGAUGCAGUAGUGACGUAGAUUUUAUGAGCGGCAUCAGAAGUAAUUAGAACUUGUAUUUUAAUCAUACUUAUCCCGAGGUUUCUGAGUUUAAAUUUUCGUAAAAAUUCAGAGCAAAUUUGUGUUUGUAUAUCAGCUGUGCCUUUGGUGUAAACAGUAGCUGGCUGAAGUUAUAUUAUCCUUGGAAACACAGAAACACUGAUGCUUAGAGAAAUGCUUGACAGAACACUAUUGAGUACUUGCUAAUUGCGAUUUGCUACAUAUCAUCCAGGGUCUUGUAUGGAUUUUUCUAGCCAAAAGUUCCCUUAGUUUUUCAAUUUUUGCAGGCCUUUCUGCUGUCUA